UUGACUCGCGCGUAUCACUUGCUAAGAAUUAAAAGCAAAAUCGAAUACAAAUUAAAAGUGACGUUCGAAAUUUAAAUUUCAAAAACCAAUCAUAUUUGAGAAUUACUAGUUAUUCAGUGUAUUAAAGUGAAGCAGUUUGAAUGUGAAUGAGUAACUUUUUAAAUUUGAUUGCGUGAGUUUCGAUGGAAAGUAAAGCGUGUAUGUUUCGGGCAAAGGCACGGUUACGUACAGCCGAGUUUCGGAUAUUGGAGAAAGUUUUGCCGAUAAAAGUUUGAAGCGGGUUAAAAUUGUUGAGCUUAACGCAGGCAAUGCUAGAAGUUUUUGAAUAAAAAUGGAAAAGACAGGUGCUGAUGAUAUCUACAAAAAAGAAUAUAGAAGAAUUAGAAGACUUACGUCAGACUUUGCUACCAGACAGUUUUCUUCAGAAUAUGGCCUCACGGAAGAGCAGGUGGCAGAGUUUAAGGAAGCCUUCAUGCUGUUUGACAAAGAUGAGGACGGAACCAUUACGAUGGCAGAACUUGGUGUCGUGAUGAGAUCCUUGGGACAACGACCUUCAGAGACUGAAUUGAGAGAUAUGGUGAAAGAAGUAGAUCAAGAUGGAAACGGUACUAUAGAGUUCAACGAAUUUCUCCAGAUGAUGUCCAAGAAAAUGCGAGGGUCCGAUGGUGAAGAUGAACUGAGAGAAGCUUUUAGAGUAUUUGACAAGAACAACGACGGGUUGAUAUCGUCGGUGGAGCUUCGGCACGUGAUGACCAACCUGGGGGAGCGGCUCAGCGAGGAAGAGGUGGACGACAUGAUCCGUGAAGCAGACCUGGAUGGUGACGGCAUGGUCAAUUACGAUGAGUUCGUGACAAUAUUAACGUCGAAAAACUAGUAUGCAGCAGAACCGGCACGAGUUCAACCCUCCAGGCCAAGCCCCCCAAGGGAACUGUGCCCACGUGGAGGUACAGAAACUCUCAUAUAGUGCGCGGAUAUUCAGUGAUAACUUAAUAAGUGUACAAGUUAUAUAAGGUGUUAUAUUGUUUUAUCUUGUUAUUUAAGAUGGAACUAAAUUUACAAAGGCCCAAAAUUAAACCAAGGAUUUACAUAAUAAUAAAACGCAUUUAUGUUGUCUGAU